UUCAAAUAUAAUUUUUUCGAUGAUAUUGGAAUAUGAAUAACGCGCUCAAGACAUUUAAAAUUUCAACAAAUUGGCAAUCUCAGUAUUUUUGGGAGAUCCAAAGUAUAAAUGUUAUAUAAAAUUUUAUAAAGUUUGAAGCAUUCUAAAGUUGUCUCUUGAUUAGCACCCCAUUCCAAAAAUCAAGGAUCUGAUUAUCACCAAAGUUGAAUCCUUCAACUUUUGUCUUGGAAUUCACAACAUCGAAGAUUUCUAUUUGUAGAGCAUCUAUUUGUAGAGCAUCUAAUCAAAAGUGGAACACUUCAUUGGUUCCAUAUAUCCAUAAUAUCCUCGUAGGAAAAGCUCAGUCUCUUAAGCGAAAGUAAGAGGAGGCUCCAACUCAGAUCGACAGCAAAAUAGGUCUUCGCGAAUUGUAAGUGUCCGUUUGGGGAACGUGACAACAAAUUGACCGGUCUAUAUUCAGCACAUUCAAGCAAUUCAACCGUAUACUUUUCUCGUUAACAGCGACAGACUUUGGAUGUCUUGAUCCCUGAUGCGUAGAUCGAUCUGGGGACGCUCAUAGAUCAGGCAAUCACGUCGAUCUCUCACUGAAAGACGGAUAGGGUGAUCACGGUCGGACUGAUCGCUGAAGGAGCGAUAAAACAUGUCGAGGCUGCUGAAAGGAGAGCCGACAGGCGGUUAUGUGAUUGGCUCGUGCGCGGAUCGAGGAUCGUAUUAGCCCGACUGGCAGUGACGCAUGUCGUAAGCCACGUGAGACCGACGGAGAAACGACGCGGUGGACGCCACGCAGGAUUUACGAAGAGAGAGAGAGAGAGUAAGAGUAAAGCAAGAGAAAUAGAGGGACCCGCGCGAUAGAACUAAUACGAGCGCAAAACAGGCCAGGCGACGAGCCUCCCAUUACCUACCGGAAGUCAUAUGCCCAUACACGCGCGUAAAACGCGUACGGCCUGCGAAGAAAUUGAAAUGGUGGAGUUGUGCGGCAGCGGCCAAGCUUCCUCGGCCAUGGGGGUGAUGGGCAUCGGCUCGAUGGUGUCGGCGGCGACUUCGUCGUCCUCUUCAUCGACUACCACAACCACAGGCGCCUCGUCCUCGGCAUCGGGACGUGCCGGCGUCCUCGAGACUCAAGUGCGCGGUCAGUGGUACCGCGUCUUCGUCUCCUUGGAAGAUGAUUAUCUCAGUAUUUCGCUCGACGAGAGUUGUGAGACCGGCAACAACACCCUCAACAACGGUAACAUCAACAACAAUAAUGUGGACAGUCUAAACGAUCCGGAUGUGCCCGACUCGGUGGCCAAUCAGAAGCGUAUCGUUCGCGUGGUGAAAAGCGACAACAACGGCCUCGGGAUAUCGAUUAAGGGCGGAAAGGAAAACAAAAUGCCCAUCCUCAUCUCGAAGAUCUUUAAGGGUAUGGCGGCGGACGCUACUGAGCAGCUUUACGUUGGCGAUGCCAUUUUGGCGGUGAACGGCGAGGAUCUACGCGAAGCCACACACGACGAAGCGGUAAAGGCGCUCAAGAGAGCCGGCAAGGUCGUCGAACUGGAAGUGAAAUACCUGCGGGAAGUGACGCCGUACUUCAGGAAGGCUUCGAUCAUCCAGGAAGUGGGCUGGGAACUUCAGCGCGGCUUCCUCAGCGCGACACCGCCACCGCCAAAGUCACCACCGCGGGCGGACACUCGUUAUCUGCCAUUACAACUCUGCCGACUCACCAGGGCGCAUCCCACUUCCGAUCCCGAAGGCCGCAUCCUCGAGCUACACUCGCCCGACGGCGUACACGAAUGCUGGUUGAGAGCCGCUGACAGCGCCGAGGCGAAUGUCUGGUUCAAUGCUUUGCACUCGGCGUUGGCAGCUCUCACCUUGAAAGCAUUACGACUGGCCUCAGCACUUCCGGAUCCGCAGCAGCUUCAGCACAUCGGCUGGCUCGCGAGGAGACAUUGUCUUCAGAACGGACGGGCCAGUAGCGAGAGCAGCGAGGACGGGGCCGGAAGUAGCGCGAGCACCUCGCGAGGAGCCGGAAGUGGCUUCGGUCUUGCCGGUGGCUGCACCGGUGGAUGGCGCAGCGUCUUCGGCGCAGUUUCAGGUCGAGAACUCAGACUGUACGAAUGCGCACCUUGGAGUCCGGAGGCUUGGGCCUCGCCGAGCAUCACCUGUCCCCUCAUCGCGACAAGACUGGUUUCAUCCCCGACGCGGCAGAACGAGGCGGCGAGCAGCAGCAGCGGUUCGGCUCAACACGGGGCGACGUUCGCGGUUCGGGUUGGCACGAUCGACGGGGUGAUCACGCAUCAUUUACGAGCCGAGACACGAAGAGAUCUGGCGGCCUGGGCGCGGGCGAUCGUCCAGGGAUGUCACGCGGCCGCCCACUCCUUACGGGAAUACACCGUUCGUUGCACAUGGCAAGGUAAGGCCUGUCAGUUGGUUGUCAACCACGAGGAAGGAUUCGCGCUUUAUGCCGCUGGAACGCGGAACACUGCCGGUAACGGGGUAAGUCCCGGAUCGCCGCCCACGCCGCUCUGGAGACGAUCCUUCGACAAAUUGAAAAUGUCCGCGGACGACGGCGCCCGUCUCCUGUGGCUCGAUUUUGGCGGCGAGGAUGGCGAAAUUGAGCUCGACCUGGAGAGCUGUCCAAAACCGAUCGUGUUCGUUCUGCACAACUUUCUUUCGGCGAAGAUUCACCGACUCGGUCUGAGCGCAUAGGGGCACGAGGGGGCCCUCACAGAGGCCCCCGAUUUACCCCCUCACACUACCAGGUCUGUUACCAGCGUCUUUCUUCAUUGAACCAGAAUGAAUCACGGCGCGAAAGAGAAAAGGGCUUUUUCUCUCUUCGAGGAUUCGAUAUUAAGGGGGUUUGAUGAGGCACGUUUAAGGGGUGCAAGGACUAUCCUUGCUCGUCGCGUCGCCUACACUUCUGUUUCGCGGCUUUAAAAUGUGAAGAAGAAAUAGGUUCGAAAUGAAGAAGAGAAACGGUGAGAUAAUUCGGGAAUGACUGAUGAGACAGAAAAUUCAGAGAGAAUAACAGUCCGAGGAUUCUAAAAUUGCAAGAUCCUUGUAAGAGUCAAUCUAAUAAAGUUGCCAUAUAUACAGUGUUCUCUGAGUAUUUAAUAUCUCCGAUUAUUUGACAAAUUUGAGAAUCGAGAAAUUUAAGAUUCUAACCAUCAGAUAUUUGAGGUUUCAGAUAAAUACCUAUUAGUCUGAAAUCUCAAAUUCUGAGGGAUUUUUUAAAAUCAUUUUCAAAAUUCCCAAAAAUGACAAUCUUCAACUUUUUUCAAGAAUUUCCAAUAACAAGUAAAAUAUUCACAAUUAUAUAUCUCACUCUUUGAAAUUAAAAAUAUUCUUUCAACAUCGAAAAAUUUAAAAAUUCAAAAAACAUCCCAACGGCCUAAUUCUUUUUAUCAAAUUCGCAAAGAUCUAAAUCCGCACAUCCUAGAAUUCUCGGACUCGGUGCGACGAUUCCAGAAUUGGAAUCGUCAAACAGAUACAUGAGGAUGGAAAGAAGACUAUAUGUGUAUAAGUUUGAUAGUCCACAUAGAAUCUUCAAGGGAAGCUCGAUUGCGAUAAAUCGACUCGAGACGAUCCUUAAAACUCGGGCGGCGGUCCCUUUUCUCCUUUUUUUUUCUCCAACGAUAAUCGAUACGAAGCCAUCCACGAGACGAUAUAUUGAAGAAAGUACGACACGCAACAAGGACAGAGGGGCAAAGGGGUGAGGAGGAACACCCACGCCACUAAUCACACGCCUAAGUAACUAAUUAUAUAAUUAACUAUUUACCUAAUCAUAAGAGUAUAUAUAAGACUAAUCGCAAAAGAACUGACUUGGCGGAUUAUCGAUAAAUAUUCACUGAUCCUGUGUCGGAUGUCGAAUUGUGGUUAAUGUAACAAGCAUGGAAAGCAGAUGGACGCGAUCGUUUAAACGACAUUAUGAUACUUUGAUGUAUUUCAAUUCGAUAAUAAAAUAAAUGAUCUGAAUUUUGGGAAAUAACGAUGCGCAAUCGUACAAUCACAGUCUGAUUUGCCGCUAAAGAUAUGUUAAAGAUAUUUCCACGCAAAAAAAAAAAUGUUUUGCUAAAUUAAAUUUUAUUUCAAUAUCGUAUUUCAUCCAUGGUGUCCGAUUUGUAAAAUAAAUAU